UGCUGAGGUGACAGGAUCCUAAAUACUUAAUGUCGGGGGAGGACAACCCCAACCCUCGAACCAAGAAACAUGGAUUUACGAGGGACGACACGGGUGUUCCCUCCGCAAACCGGCGGGAUGCAAGCAGCUGGCAAGGCCGGCCCGGCCGGAUGAGUCACGACGACGCUCACGCGCAGGAAGAGGAUUUUAUCGCUCAGCGAAUAUCUGAGGACCAGGGAUGGGUUCGUGUUCAGACACGUACCUUCACCCGAUGGGUCAACGAGAACCUUAAGACUACCGAGUACCAGAUUGAGAAUUUAGACGACGACUUUGGAGAUGGUUUAAAGUUAGUCUCUUUACUUCAACAACUCGCUGGCAAGGGAAUCGGGGCUCGGUUCACAAAGAAACCUCGAAUUCGUGCUCAAAAACUUGAAAAUGUCAAGAUCUGCUUCGAUUUUAUGAAUCGUGAAGGUAUUGAGAUGGUCAACAUUGACAAUCAGGAUGUAGCCGACGGAAACAUGAAACUUAUUCUCGGUAUGGUCUGGCAUCUCAUUCUUCACUACCAGAUUGCAACCGGUUUUGAAGAUGACGGCGGCAAAGGUGGUCCCAAGAAUCGUAUUAUCAAGUGGGUCAACAGCAAAAUUAACCCCUGGGGUAAAAGCAUUACAAACCUUAACAAUGACUGGAACAACGGUACGAUCUUGGCUUGCUUGGUCAACGCCCUUGCCCCUGGACUUGUACCUGACUUCAACGAGAUGGAACCAGAAUCUGCUAAAGACAACAUUGAAAGAGCUAUGGAAAUGGCCAAGGAAUGGAUGGACAUACCUCGCGUUAUAGAACCAGAUGAUAUGAUGGAUCCUAAUGUCGACGAACUGUCCAUGAUGACAUACCUGUCGUACUUCCCCAACGCCAAGGUUAAAGAAGGAGCCCCUUGUGUAAAUCCAGGCCGUGUAAUCGCUCGAGGCCCAGGUAUCACAGGAGUAGGCCUCAAGCUGGGCAAGCCAGCAGAGUUCGAGAUAGAUGCUUCAAAGGCUGGAGAAAACGGAAGAGACAAGAUCAAGGUGGAGGUUCUCGGACCAGAAGGACCCGUUAAAGUCGACAUGACUUCCAACGGGGAUCUUACUUACUCUGGAGCCUACUUCCCUGAGGAUGAUGGUGAAUACACCAUCAAGGUCACCCUUCUUAACUGCUCCGUCCCUAAAUCUCCCUUCAAAGUGGGAAUAUACGGAUCUCAGAAGACCGAUCCCAACAAAGUCAAGGUAUCUGGACCUGGUAUCACCGGUGAAGGUGUUUUGCCUGGUGACCCCGCUCCAUUUAUCAUCGACUACAAAGAAGCUGGUCGUGGUCAGCCUCAGAUUGAGGUGUUCGGACCCGACCAUCAACCUCUUACCAUCGUGGAGGACAACGACAAGAAGGAGGGUAUCUGCAAAGUAGAAUACCAACCUGGUGUGUUCGGAGAGUACACAGUUACCAUCAAAUACAGUGGUCUUCCUCUGCCAAACUCUCCAUACAAGGUCAACAUCAAGCCUACUGUGGAUAUCAGCAAAGUAAAGACCGAAGGCCCCGGACUGUCUAGGUGUAAGGUUGGAGAACCAACAUGGUUCAAGGUACACACUGCUGGUGCUGGCAAGGGAGACCUUAGCGUUAAGAUUCUCCAGACCGACGGCACUGAACUGGAACCCACUAUCAACAAUGACGGCAAAGGUACAUACCAUAUUGACUACACUCCCAUGAUGGUCGGAAGCUACAAGGUGACAGUCACUUACGGUCGAUGCAAGAUCCCCAAGUCUCCGUUCACUGUCACUGUGGUUCCUCCUGGUGAUGCCGGCGAGGUUAUUGUUAACGGUGAUGCCCUACAUGGAAUACGAGUAGGAAUGACCGGCAGGCUCUUCGUGGAUUCGUCCAAGGCUGGCAAAGGUGACCUCAAAGUUACCGUGAUCGGACCCGACAACAAACCCGUAACUUCUGGACUUGAACUGAUCAGAACCACUGAUGGAGUUUCAGAGUAUGGUGUCACCCCUGAAGUACCCGGACCUCAUGUAAUUUCAGUAUACUUCUCUGGUACUGCAGUGCCAGGCUCGCCAUUCGAUAUUACAGUCCAACCCAGUCUGGAUAUUGAGAGGAUCAAGCUUAUUGUUGACCGAGAGAACCCACCUAGGAUUAACAAACAAUACAAGUUCACAGUUGACUGCUCAGAUGCUGGACCUGCUCCAGUUCUGUUCGGUUUUAUCGGGGACCCGGAUAACGACAAUCCUGAUAAACCUAGGAAGGACAUAUUGGUAAUCGUGUGUGACGAUAAGGGCAACCCAAUCAAGGACAAGAAAGGCAAAGUUAUCACUAUUGAUGUCAGAGUACUGAAGUCAUCUGGUAUUUGCCACUUCACCUUUACACCUGAGGUUGAAGGCCCUAUCUAUCUGAAGGUGCAGUAUGAUGGAAAGAAUGUACCCAAGAGUCCACUUAAGGUCAACGUUAGCUCUUUCAUUGAUAUGAGCAAGGUUCGAAUCUAUGGGGACGGUAUUACCACUGAUAAGCCUGUUAGAGCCAACAAGCCUAUGACCUUUGUCAUUGAUGCCACAAAUGCUGGAGCCGGUCCUAUUAGUUUGGACUUCCUUUCAAAGCUUGGAUUCACAAUCGGAAAAGACAACGUACCCAAAGAUAUGAAGAUCACUAUUCUUGGGCCCAACGGCGAACCUAUGACAUGUGACGUAAGGAAGCGUACCGACAAGAUCUUUGAAAUCACAAUUCUACCAAUGCUUGUUGGCACGAUGAACAUCGAUAUCUUGGGAGCCAACGGUGAACAUGCACCUAAGAGUCCACUUAAGAUUCAAAUCAAACCAAGUGUUGAUGCUUCUAAGAUUGUGAUCGGAGGUGAUGGACUUGAGAAAGACAAGGUACCAAGAAAGGACAAAUUGUGUGCUCUCACAAUCGAUGCUCAAAAAGCUGGCAAUGCUCCAUUCUCCAUUUCUGUCAAUGGCAAGGACAAAACCCCUCUGUCAUGUACCCCAACGAUGAAACCUAUUUACGGUACCACUCCCGUUAAAUCAGGAACCCCAAUUAAAGUUGGUACCAAACCCGGAGAAGAAGGACCAGCACCUGGUGCAGGUAAACCAGGAUUUGGGCCUGACGGAAAGCCUACUCCUGGCAACUUCAUCGCUCCUGAUGGAACAAUCAAAGAUGAUAAGAACCGACCGAUCAAAGGCAAAGAUGGCAAACCUCUCAAAUGUUCUCUUGGAGGCGCUGGAAAUCCCAAUGCUCCUAAGACUGAUGACAAGGGUAACCUUCUUGGACCAGAUGGCAAACCUCUGAUUGGAUCUGACGGUCGUCCCGUCAAACCUGGUACUGGUCCUGAUGGUCCCACUGCUGGUCCUGACGGAACUCUCUUUGGUAGCGAUGGUAAACCGCUUCUAGGCAAGGACGCCACGCCACUCAAAGCUGGACAAAUGCAUGACGGAAAGCCACUCUGCAACAACGAGGGUGAAAUCCUUGGACCUGACGGUAAACCUGUUACUGGUCCUGAUGGAGAACCUCUUAAGGCCAACAAAACACCGUUGGGUCUUACGGUUCUUCCAGAUGGUUCUCUUAUGACCCCCAGUGGAAAACCUCUGUGUGGUCCUGAUGGCAAUCCUUUGAAAUGCGGUUUGGACAGCGACAAGAAGCCUGUUAUCGAUGAGAAGGGUGCUCUCUGUGGCCCUGACGGUAAGCCUCUUGUUGGACCUGAUGGAAAGUGCAUCAAACCAGGUGCUGGAAGUCUCGGACCUAUUGUGAAACCUGACGGAACCGUCACUGAUGGAUCUGGUAGACCACUGAAAGGUAAAGACGGAAAGCCUCUCAUGGCUGCUAUGGGAUCAAGCGGAAAACCUAAAGUCAAUGACAAUGGUGAUAUCGUUGGACCUGACGGAAAGCCUCUGUUAAUGCCUAUCAAGAAAGGAAAGGGUCCUGGACUUACAUUCCUGGCACCUGAUGGAACUCUUUAUGGUCCUGAUGGAAGGCCAAUCACAGGUGAUGAUGGCAAACCACUCAGAGCUGGACUUGGUCCUGAUGGAAAACCUAUCACUGACGACUCUGGCAGUGUUCUAGGUCCUGAUGGAGCUCCACUCUCUGGACCUGACGGAAAACCAGUCAAGUUAGGUGAUGGUCCUUUCGGUCCUAAAGUUGGUCCUGACGGAACAGUAUAUGGACCUGACGGUAAGCCUCUCACUGGACCUGGCGGUAAACCACUCACAGCCAAACUCAGUCCUAGCGGCAAACCAGUCUCCGAUGCUUUCGGAAAUCUCUUGGGACCUGAUGGUAAGCCUCUGACGGACAAAGACGGUAAGCCAGUGAGCCCUGCAUCUGAUGGCCCCAGUGCCGGACCAGAUGGUUCACUUUAUGGACCUAAUGGCAAACCAUUAAGGGGUACAGAUGGCAAACCACUCACAGCUGCACUUGGUUCUGAUGGCAAACCAUUAACCAACGACAACGGUGAUAUUGUUGGACCCGAUGGUAAACCAGUCAAGGGACCUGAUGGCCGACCUAUCAAGGGACCUAAGGGUACUCCAAUCAAAGCACCUGACGCCUUCCCAGGCCCCCACAUUGGUGAUGACGGAACUGUUACCAAAACUGACGGUGCACCCUUACUUGGAUCUGAUGGUAAGCCACUUAGAGCGGCUCCUGGAGGAAAGCCUCAGACUGACAAAGACGGAAACUUGGUUGGACCUAACGGUAAGCCUUUGGAAGGUGCUGAUGGCAAGCCUGUUCCAUCCAGCGGAGGACCAUAUGGCCCACUUGUUACUCCUGAUGGUGAUGUUGAAGGACCCGGAGGACUUCCAGUCAUCGGAGCUGACAAUGUGCCACUCGUCUGCGAACAAAAUCCAGAAGGUAUACCUUGCAAGGAUGGCGAAGGAAACCUUAUUGGUCCUGACGGUCUGCCUCUUCUUGGCCCUGAUGACAAACCUGUCGUUUUCGGUAAAGAUACAGCAGAAGAUACCAAGCCAGAUGAACAACCGUCUGACAUCAACGUUGUUAUCCUGGGACCUGAUGAUAAACCAGUUCCUGCUACAGUUAAGGAUCUCGGUGAUGGCAAGUUUGCCGUGCAAUACGAACCAAAGGAAGAAGGUCCACACAGACUUGAUGUUCUGGCUGGAGGUGAACAUGCACCAAAAUGUCCUGUUGAGGUUGAUGUUAAACCGUCUCUCGAUCUGGAUAAACUAGCAUAUGGCGUCGGAGGUGGUCCAAGGGUUGGCCCUGAUGGAACUCUCUACGGCCCGAAUGGCAAACCUAUUCUUGAUAAGAAUGGCAAACCAUUAAAGUGUGCUCUUGGACCCAUGGGUGGACCUCUCACAGAUAAGGAUGGAAAUUUGUUAGGACCUGAUGGAAAACCAUUGUUAGGACCUGACGGAAAGCCCAUCAAAGGACCAAGUGAUGAUACGAACAAAUCAGGAAAGGGUCUUGACUUGAAGAUUAACCCAAAAGAUCUUGGAGUUGACAAGCUGAACAUCAAGCCCAAAGGACCAAACGAUGGAGAUAGUCCACCUGGAGCCGCAUGUGGCCCGUAUAUAGGAAAGGACGGACAAGUUCAUACUCCAUUAGGAACACCACUCCGCGGAAAGGACGGUAAGCCAUUGAGGGCUACCCUCGGUAGUAAUGGAAAGCCCGUCACCGACAAAGACAAUAACCUUGUUGGUCCUGAUGGUGCCCCACUUAUUGCUCCUGAUGGCAAUCCUAUCAAACUUGGAAGUGGACCUUAUGGACCAGCUGUUGGUCCUGAUGGAACUCCCUUCGACAAGAACGGAAAGCCUCUAGUUGGGCCUGAUGGAAAGCCCCAGAAAGGAGACAUUGGACCUAAAGGAAAGCCCCUUGUUGAUAAGGAAGGUAACCUUCUGAAUCCUGCUGGACAGCCAGUGACUGACAAGGCUGGAAAACCUUUCACUCCAGGUGCAGGUCCUCACAUCGGACCUGAUGGAACAAUAUACGACGACAACGGUGAGCCUCUGAUUGGAAGUGAUGGUCGCCCUACACCAAAAGCAGCUAUGACUCCUGAAGGUACCCCGAAAUAUGACAAGGAUGGUGGCAUUCUUGGAUCCGACGGGAAACCAAUACGAGGUAGUGAUGGUAAACCUCUUAAAGCAGGAACAGGACCUUACGCUAAACCUGACGGUGAGGUAUUCGAUUCUGACGGUUCCCCAUCCAAAAACCCCAACGGUGAACCAAAUCGUGCUGCUGUCGGCGAGGACGGAAAACCAGUCACUGAUGCUAAAGGAAAUCUCGUCGGUCCUGAUGGCAGACCUCUCAAGGGACCUGAUGGAAAACCUGUCCGCCCCAAUCCUAAUGGACCUAGUGGCCCUAGUGUAACUAGCGUUAAACCAGAUGGAUCUAUGUUGGGACCUAAUGGUAAACCCCUGAAAGGUGCAGAUGGAAAGCCUUUGAACGCUGCAAUUGGUAAUGAUGGCAAGCCGAAGAAAGAUCCUAAUGGAAACAUGGUAGGAAAGGACGGAAAGCCACUCAUUGGUCCAAAUGGACUACCAAUCAAACCUGGUCAAGGAGAAUACGGCCCUAGAGUUGGACCAGACGGAACUGUCUUCAAGCCUAAUGGUGAUCCCGUACAAGGACCCAGUGGUAAACCAACAAAGGCAGGAAUCGGUCCAGAUGGAAGACCAAUGGUAAAUGACAAUGGCAACAUUCUUGGACCAGAUGGAAUUCCUUUGGCUGGCAGGGACGGCAAACCAGUAACAUCGAGUGAGAAUCCCUUCACCGGUCCAGAUGGUACCGUAUACAAGCCUGAUGGUUCUCCCAUUGGAGGAGGCAAAGGUGGAAAACCUUUGACAGCUGAUCAGGACAAAGUUGGUCGUCCUAAGACCGACAAAGAUGGAAAUCUUCUCGGACCUGAUGGUAAGCCACUCCGUGGACCAGAUGAAAAGCUGCUCAAAAACGGCAUGAAGCCGUACGUAUCUCCAGAUGGUGAUGUUAUGAUGCCAAGUGGCAAGCCCUUGACUGGUAGUGACAAGAAACCACUCAAAGCUGGAGUUGGUCCAGAUGGCAAUCCUGAUAUUGACGACAAGAAUUGCAUCUUAAAUCCUAAUGGCCAGAACGUUAAAGGUAAAGACGGAAAACCAGUCCAGACUUCACCUAAUGGACCGAAAGGUCCUGGACCAGGUUCUUACAUCGGACCUGAUGGAAUUCUGUACGGACCUGACGGAAAGCCUCUCCUAGGACCUGAUGGAAAGCCACUGAGAUGUGCACUGGGACCAAAUGGUAAACCUCUCACAGAUAAGGAUGGAAAUCUGUUGGGACCUGACGGUAAGCCUCUUCUCGGACCCUGGGCAGGUCUUGGUCCUGAUGGAAAGCCAUUGUGCGAUGAGAACGGUAAUCUGCUUGGACCUGAUGGAAAACCAUUGACUGACAAGAACGGAAAUCCAAUCAAACCAGGUGAUGGCACAGCAUUUGUUGGACCUGAUGGAACAGUCUAUGGACCUGACGGACAUCCACUUCUCGGACCAGAUGGCAAGCCACAGAAAUGCAUGCUUGGUCCAGAUGGAAACCCUAUGACUGAUAAGGAUGGAAAUCUUUUAGGACCUGAUGGCAAGCCUCUUAAAGGCCCUGAUGGGAAACCAGUGAAGCUUGGUGCAGGUCCAGUUGUUGGUCCCGAUGGUAUUGUUUAUGGCCCAGACGGUAAGCCUCUUUUGGGACCUGACGGAAAGCCUCUUGUGGCUGCACUUGGAUCAAAUGGUAAACCUCUUAAGGAUAAGAAUGGAAAUCUUAUCGGACCGGACGGUAAACCACUUCUUGGACCUGACGGAAAGCCAUUGCAUUCCGCUCCUGGUGGACCUGAUGGUGCUGGACCGGGUCCUUAUGCUGGUCCCGAUGGCACUUUGUAUGGCCCCGAUGGGAAACCUCUCCUAGGACCUGAUGGAAAGCCAUUGAAGGCAGGACUCAACCCAGACGGAUCACUCAUGUUGGAUGAUAAUGGUAACAUCCUGGGACCUGACGGAAAACCUCUCAUCGGACCAGAUGGAAAGCCGAUCAAACCUGGAUCUGGCUACGGCCCAGGUGUAGGACCUAAUGGAACUGUGUAUGGUCCAGAUGGCAAACCACUGCUCGGACCUGACGGUAAGCCCCUCAAGGCUCUUCUUGGAAACCCCAAGACUGACAAAAAUGGGAACCUCCUUGGACCUGAUGGAAAGCCUGUUCUCGACAAAAAUGGCAAACCAGUGCCAGGGGAUGGAAAGCCAUUCAUCGGACCCGACGGAACAUUGUACGGUCCUGAUGGGCAGCCACUUUUGGGUCCUGACGGCAAGCCUCUUAAGGCAGGUAUGGGUCCAGAUGGAAAGCCAUUAUUUGACAAAAAUGGAAACCUCUUGGGACCAGACGGAAAACCAUUAGUCGGACCAGAUGGCAAGCCAUUCAACAAAGGAGCUGUUGGUUCAGAUGGACAAAUUUACGGACCUGAUGGCAAGCCUCUUACAGACAAAUAUGGUAAUCCUCUGAGAGCAGGAUUAGGAAAACCAAGGACAGAUAAGGAUGGAAAUCUGAUAGGCGAAGACGGCAACCCAAUGUUGGGACCUGAUGGUAAGCCACUCAGGCCUGGACAGUUGCCUUAUGUCGGACCUGACGGUACUGUCUAUGGUCCUGAUGGUAAGCCUCUGCUAGGCCCCGAUGGAAAACCAUUGAGAGCUGGUCUCGGACCUGAUGGAAUGCCCCUUUACGACCACAAUGGUAAUCUCCUUGGUCCUGAUGGUAAGCCACUUCUUGGACCUGACGGACUUCCAAUCAAGACCGGACCUGGUCCUCACGUUGGUCCUGACGGUACUGUGUAUGGUCCCGACGGAAAACCAAUCCUUGGGCCAGAUGGUCUGCCUCUUAAGGCUAUGAUGACUCCUGAUGGAAAGCCGUUCACAGAUCCUAAUGGCAAUCUUCUGGGACCAGAUGGCCGCCCUCUUUUGGGACCUGAUGGAAAGCCAUUAAGAGCCGGUCCAGGUAGCAGAGGACCAAAAGUUGGUCCUGAUGGCACAGUCUUUGCUCCUGGAAACACAAUUGGCCCAGAUGGUACCGUAUACGGUCCUGAUGGCAAGCCAAUUGAUAACAGCAGUAUCCUGGGACCUGAUGGAAAACCACUUCUUGGACCUGACGGCAAGCCCGUAAAGCUUGGCGGAAAACCAUCAAUCGGCCCUGAUGGCACAGUCUACGGACCUGACGGCAAACCAAUUCUUGGUCCUGAUGGCAAGCCUCUAAAGGCAGGUCUCGGUAAAGAUGGAAAGCCAUUAUUUGACAAAAAUGGAAACCUCUUGGGACCAGAUGGAAAGCCACUUUUGGGACCCGAUGGUAAGCCUCUAACAGGUGGGGCAAUUGGACCUGACGGAACUGUGUUCGGACCUGACGGAAAACCAGUCCUCGGACCUGAUGGAAAACCACUGAAAGCCGGUUUGGGACCAGAUGGACGUCCUCUUAAGGACCACAAAGCUCCUCCUAGCACUGACAAAGAUGGCAACAUUCUUGGACCCAAUGGAAAACCUCUUGUUGACAAGGAUGGAAACCCUGUCAAGAUGGCUGGCAAGCCUUACAUUGGUCCUGAUGGAAUCCUGUAUGACGAAGAAGGAAAUCCUCUCCUAGGACCAGACGGAAAGCCUUUGAAGUGCGGUCUUGAUAAGAAUGGUAAGCCAUUGUUCGAUAAGAAUGGUAAUCUUCUUGGACCAGAUGGUAAACCACUGCUCGGACCUGACGGUAAGCCGCUUAGCAAGGGAGCUGUCGGACCAGACGGUACAGUAUAUGGACCUGAUGGCAAACCUAUCAUCGGACCAGAUGGUAAACCACUUAGAGCAGGUCUGGGACCAGAUCCAACAACGCUCAAAGCUCUGAUGAGUCCUCCUGAUACAGACAAGGACGGAAAUCUCCUCGGUCCAGACGGGAAACCACUGACUGAUGCAAAUGGUAACCCAAUCAACGCCACUGACAAACCUUACAUCGGACCAGAUGGUACAUUGUAUGGCCCAGAUGGGAAACCUCUCCUAGGACCUGACGGCAAACCCCUUAAAUGUGGUUUCGACAAAAAUGGCAAUCCUCUCUUUGACGAAGAUGGUAAUCUUCUGGGACCUGACGGAAAGCCACUCGUUGGACCUGAUGGUAAGCCAUUCAACAGAGGAGCUGUUGGACCUGACGGUAAACUGUUUGGCCCUGACGGUAAACCAAUCUGCGACAAAGACGGAAAUCCAGUGUUUGCUUCUCUUGGAGCUCCUAAAAAAGACAAGGAUGGAAAUCUUUUGGGACCUGACGGUAAGCCUCUUACAGGACCCGAUGGCAAACCAGUUGGUGAAGGCCCCGAGGUCAUCUUAGGACCCGAUGGAAAACCACUCAAGGCUGGAUUAGGACCUGAUGGCAAGCCAAGGCUUGGACCAAAUGGUGAACUUCUGGGACCAGACGGAAAACCAUUAGUCGGACCAGAUGGCAAGCCUCUAAAUGUUGGCAAUGGCCCAUCUGUUGGUCCUGAUGGCACAGUUUUCGGACCUGAUGGAAAACCUUUACUUGGACCUGACGGUAAACCACUCAAAGCUAUGCUUGGCCCCGAUGGCCAACCAAUAACUGAUAAGGAUGGUAACUUGAUUGGACCGGAUGGAAAACCAUUGGUUGCCGGUGACGGAACAAAUGGUGGUCCAAAGGUAGACAAAGAUGGAGCUCUACUCGACAAAGAUGGUAAACCUCUUCUCGGACCGGACGGCAAGCCACUUAGAUGUGGUGUUGACAAGAAUGGCAAUCCUCUUGUAGAUAAGGACGGAAAUCUUCUUGGACCUGAUGGAAAGCCUCUGAUCGGAGCCGAUGGUCAACCUAUAAAAUGUGCUCUUGGCCCAGAUGGCAAGCCCAAGAAGGACAAACAUGGUAACCUUCUUGGACCAGACGGCAAGCCUAUCAUCAAACCUGGAAACCCAGUAUCUUCUGGAAAACCUGCAUCUGGUGGUCCAAUUGUUGGUCCCGAUGGUACUUUGUUGGGACCUGAUGGUAAACCACUUCUCGGACCUGAUGGCAAGCCACUCAGAGCAGGACUUGGACCUGACGGAAAACCACUUAAGGAUGCUAAUGGCAAUCUCCUUGGACCUGACGGUAAACCACUUCUCGGACCUGAUGGCAAGCCUAUCAAAGGAGGAACAUCUAUGAAUCCAGAUGGUACACUCGCUGGACCAGACGGUAAACCUUUGUUAGGACCCGACGGUAAACCUCUGCAAGUUGGAGUAGGAAAGCCAUUAGUUGAUGAAAAUGGUAACAUGCUCGGACCUGAUGGCAAGCCCUUGUUGGGACCCGAUGGUAAACCAGUGAAAGGACCAAUUGUGUCCCCUGAUGGAACUGUUUUGGGACCAGAUGGAAAGGCUCUAUUGGGACCAGAUGGUAAACCUCUGAAGGCUGGAGUUGGACCAGAUGGAAUACCUCUUGUUGACAAGAACGGAAAUAUCCUUGGUCCAGAUGGAAAGCCACUGCUGGGUGCUGAUGGAAAGCCUCUGAAGGCUGGAUGUUUAGUGUCCCCUGAUGGCACAAUACUUGGACCUGACGGUGCCAUAAUACUCGGACCUGACGGAAAGCCGCUACAUGCCGCUCCUGGUGCUCCUUUGACUGACGAUAAUGGCAACAUACUUGGACCUGAUGGUUCACCUCUUGUUGGAACUGAUGGCAAGCCAAUCAAGGCUGGAAUCCCAACAAACGGUCCUAUGUGUGGACCAGAUGGUACCCUCUUGGGACCUGAUGGUAAGCCAAUCAUUGGAGCUGACGGCAAACCUCUGAGAGCAGCUCUUGGACCAGAUGGGUUACCUAUGGUUGACCAAGACGGAAAUCUUCUUGGACCUGGAGCAAGGCGUCUACGUGGUCCUGAUGGCAAGCCAAUACACGCUGGACCAUCUGUUGGUCCUGAUGGCGUUGUCAGGAGCCCAGAUGGCUUCCCAAUUGCUGGCGCUGAUGGUCUGCCUCAGAUUUGUAUGAUGGACGACUUUGGUAAGUUGAUGUGUGCACCUGACGGAACACUCAUGGGAGAAGAUGGAAUUCCCAUCAUCGGACCAGCUGGCAAACCUAUCAACGAACAUUGUGCUCCUCCAAAUGGACCUCCCACCGGACCUGACGGCACUGUCUACGGCCCUGAUGGUAAACCUCUUCUCGGACCUGACGGAAAACCACUUAAAGCAGGUCUCGGACCCGACGGUCUUCCUUUGACAGACAAGGACGGAAAUCUCCUUGGACCUGACGGAAAACCAUUAAAGGGACCUAACGGACAACCAGUACGAGCAGGACCAUGCGUUGGACCUGAUGGAGUUGUUAGACACCCAGAUGGCACCGUUGUUAAAGGUUUAGACGGCCAGCCUAUCAAGGCCGCAGUUGGACCUGAUGGCAAGCUAAUGGUAGCCCCUGAUGGAACUCUUCUUGGACCUGAUGGCAAGCCACUUUGUGGACCUGAUGGCAAACCAAUGAAACCUGGCAGUGGUAUUGGACCAGAUGGAACUUUGGUCGGACCAGACGGUCAAGCACUUGUUGGACCAGACGGUAAGCCUCUCAAGGCAGGUCUCGGUCCUGAUGGAAAGCCACUUCUUGGACCUGACGGAGCUCUACUCGGACCUGAUGGAAAGCCAUUGGUUGGACCUGAUGGCAAUCUCAUUGGUGCUGAUGGUAACCCGCUACUUGGACCUGAUGGUCGACCUGUUCGUCCUGGAACAACAGUCGGACCUGAUGGAACAGUUUUCGGACCAGACGGCAAAGCUUUAUUGGGACCUGAUGGAAAACCACUGAAGGCUGGUCUUGGCCCUGACGGCAAGCCCCUUAGAGGACCAGGAGGAGAACUUCUAGAUGAAGACGGUAAUCCUCUUGUUGAUGAGAACGGUAAUCCUAUCAAACCUGGAACAACAGUUGGCCCCGAUGGAACCGUGUACGGACCUGAUGGUAAUGCACUCAUUGGACCUGACGGCAAGCCUCUUAAGGCUGGUCUAGGUCCCGACGGAAAGCCACUUCUAGGACCUGACGGAUCGCUUCUUGGACCUGAUGGUAAGCCACUUCUUGGACCUGAUGGUAAACCUGUUGGUCCUGGCAAUGAUCGAACUCAUGCUACUGGUCUUGGUCCUGAUGGAAAGCCUCUUGGACCUCUUGGUGCUGACGGAAGACCUCUGCCAGUUGAAGAGGGAGGUGAUAUGACAGUGAUGUGUGUUGGACCUGACGGAGAUCUUGUUCCAGUAGAAAUCAUCGAGAACCCUGACGGAACCUACUCCGUAAAGGCAGCUCCUGGAAUAGAGGGCGACUAUGUUGCUGACAUAAUCGGGCCUGAUGGCAAGAAACUCGCAAGUAUUCCAUUCCAUGUUGAACCCCAGAUCGAUGCCAGUAAGGUUAAGAUUAACGGUGAUAGCAUUGAUGGAGUCGUCAAGAAAGACAGGCCAACAAGCUUUGAAAUUGACACCACAGAUGCCGGAAAAGGACCAUUCACUGCGUCACCUUACGAGCCGGAGACAGUCAAGAAUGGAGGUAUUCCCGGAGUCGGAGACAAAGACGGACCCAAGAGUCCUGAUGAGGAAGAUACUGACAUCAAGGUUGCUGUUAUCGGACCCAACGGAGAACCAUUUGUUCGAUGUUUCAUACAAGCCCACAAAGAAGGACCCCACAAAGUCGUUGUUACAGCUAACGAUGAUCUGGUGCCUGGUGCCCCAGUUCCAGUGGAUGUCUUCCCCAACGGAGAUGCAAGCAAGUGCAAAGCAAGUGGACCUGGUCUUGAACCUAAAGGACUCGUUGCAGGUAAACCUGGCACUUUCAAGGUUGAUGCUACCCGAGCAGGCGAUGGAGACGUGGAGGUUGUUGUUACCUCUCCUAAUCCUAAGUUCGAUGCUGGUGUAAAGGUCACCAAGAGAGGAAAGGGAAUAUUUGAUUGCGAAUACAGUCCUUCAUUGAAGGGACCGUAUGAGGUCAAGGUACUCUUCGCUGGAGAGGAAAUCCCCGGCAGUACAUACGCUGUCAAGGUUGCUCCUAACCCCAACGCUGAGAAGGUUAUCGUUUCUGGCAAGGGUCUCAAGAAGGGCUAUGCCAAGAAACCUAACAAGUUCACUGUUGCACCUAACGGAGCUGAAGGAGCCCUUAACUUCGACGUUGAAGGACCCUCUAAGUGUGAUAUUGAUGUGGAAGACAACGGAGAUGGAACUGUGACAGUUACCUACACUCCUCAAGAAGCCGGAGAAUACACCAUCAACGUCACCUUGGAUGGUGCACAAGCCCCUGGAGGUCCAUUCUUCCCUCUCAUUGAGGAACCACAACCGUCUGAUGCCUCCAAGGUUAAACUUUCAGGUGAUGGAAUCGGAAACAACGUUAAGACCGGAGUUCCUUCGACCAUCAAGAUCGACGCGUCGGAAGCAGGCCCAGGAGAUGUUGGUGUUGUCAUCAAAUCUCCAAGUGGAUCCAAGGUUCCAGUUAAGAUCAUCGACAAUGAAGAUGGAACAUACGACGUUACCUUCGUUCCUGAAGAGGUUGGAAACCACAACGUCGAUGUCAAGUUUGACGGGGAUAAGGUGCCUGGUGCCCCUCUCACUGUUCCAGUUAAACCUGGUAUUGAUGCCAACAAGGUGAAAUGUGCUGGAGACGGUCUCGAUAAUCCCAAAGCAAAACACGACAAUGUGUUCACGAUCGACACUAGUGACGCUGGACCUGGAGAUGAUGUUACCGUUGAAAUCGUUCCAAUCGACAAAUCUGGUAAACCAAUCCCUGGAGGCAAACGAGUUCCUGUUACCAUCAAGGAUCUCGGAAACGGUAUCAAGUCUUGUGUUUUCAAACCGGAUGAUGAAGGACUCUAUUCAGUGGAUCUCAAAUUCUGCGGAAAGAACCCCAAGGACUUCCCUCGCGGUAUUAACGUUAAGGGACCAGGUGCUCAGGGAGCUCGUCUACCUAACAUCAAUGGUCUUGAGGUCGAACCAGAUCAAGAGAUCAACAUUCCAGUUGACCUCAGUGGUUCAGGCCCAGGUAACUUUGUUGUUAUCAUGAGGAACGACACAACCGGAGAAGAAGAACCAGUCCGUGUGACUGAUGGACCUAACCUGAUCAAGAACGUUACUCUGAAACCAAACGGUUCCGGACCACACACCAUUGUCAUGACAUUCGAUGAUGAAGAUCUUCCCGGUGGACCAUACACCAUCACCGUCAAGAAACCAGUCGGUGCUGAUGCAUGCUUCAUGAAACCAACUAAGGAUGGCAAGCUGUUCACCCCUGACGGCGACUUUUUGUCCUUCGUUAUCGAUCUCAGCCAAGCCGGACCUGGAUCUCUUACUGGUAUUGCCAAGACACCAAGUGGUAAGACUGUGCCAAUUGACAUUGAAGUUGAUAAGGAUACUGGACUCGCACAGAUCAGGUUCAAGCCUACUGAAAGAGGAAUCCAUAUCAUCAACCUACUGUUCAACGGUCAUCCAAUCCCCGGAUGUCCAUUCGAAAUGGAUAUCCAAGGACCUGCUGAUGUAACAAUGAACGGCGGAAAACCAAGAGAUGGAUCCAACACAAUCUGUCUAGAUCUCGACGACAGAUCUCUGGUGGUUGUUCCUAACCUGGUAAAUGUCAAGAUAACUAGAGGACAGGACAUGAAGAUCCCAAUCGAUCUUACCUUCUCUGGAAUGGGAGAGAUCGAGGUUACCUGUAUCCACGACUCAACCCUUGAACAUGUCCCAUGCAAACUUGUGGACACUCCUAACGGAAAGGAAGUACAAGUCAGCCCCAAAGAACCCGGCUGGUACACUGUCCAUCUCAAGUUCAACGGACAGAACUUACCUGGAAGUCCAUACAAAUUCGAGGUCAAGGAACCCACUGGUGCUGACGCCUGCAAGAUCAAGCGAGGCCCCAAGUCACCUCUCAAGGAGGGAGAUGAAGUUACUCUUAUCAUCGAUGUGUCCAAGGCUGGCGAGGGACAACUCCUCGGAACAUGCAAGGGACCUGAUAGCAGUAACAUCACUGUGAGGACCACAACUUUGGACAACGGAGAUAUUGAGGUAUCAUUCAAACCAAGAGGAGAUGGAGACCACACCCUGGAUCUCACUUUCAACAACAGAUCCAUCCCUGGAUGUCCUGCUAUCGUCAACAUCAGACACGUUACCCCAGACAGCAUGGGUCUUGUAUUGGACCUUGCACCAUGGGAGGUGGACGCUGGAGCUAAGGGAGCUAAGGGAGUCAGACAUCCUAACUUCGACGAUAUCACCGUACAGCUCAACCAGACCAUGAAGAUUCCUAUUGAUCUGAGUGCUGCUGGCCCUGGUAACAUAGAGGUAUCCUGCAUGCAGGAGAAAACUAAAACUCCUUGCCCAGUCACUGUUAUACCCACCAAACAAGGUGCUGUUGAGAUAGCUGUGAAGCCCCUGGAAACAGGACCUCAUCUACUCCACAUCACCUUCAACGGAGUGGAUCUGCCCAAGUCUCCAUUCAGAUUCAUGGUGGAACCACCAAGCGGUGCUAACGCUGUCACUCUCAAGAAGAACGCACAGGCUGUCAAGGUUGUGAAGGACGGAGUACAGUUUGCUAUCGACUGUUCCAGAGCUGGACCUGGUGUACUUACCGCCGCCUGCACUGGACCUGAUGGACAACUCGUACCUUGCGACUGCAAGAAGUCCGGUAGCGACCAGCUGAUAACAAUAAAGCCCACCAAGCCUGGACUUCACUCCCUGGAAGUUAUGUGGGACGGCCAACAAAUCCCCGGAUCACCGAUUGAGAUAAUGAUUAAUAUGGUAGACGGACGAAUCAUUUACGAGCUUUGCGACGUACUGUUGAUGCUGAUGGGUGCUUUCACCGUGAGAACCCCUGAUCUCAGUAACAUCCAACUUGAGAUUAACCAGUUUAUUAGGAUUCCUAUUGAUUGCAGACUUGCUGGUCCUGGAAAACUUCAGGUCACCUGCAAAAAUGAGGACACUGGAACUUCCAUUGAUUGUGAUAUGAAGAAGACCGGAGAUAUGUACGAGAUUACAAUCAAACCUACAGAUCCUGGUCGACACGCUCUGAACAUCAUGUGGGACGGUAAGCACAUCCCAGGAUCCCCAGCUUACUUCACAGUAAAGGGACCUGCCCCUGCUAGACUCUGUUACAUCCUCUCUGGAGCUGACCACAUCAAGUGCAGCAAGGGAGCUAUAUCGUUCAGAUGUACCACCCAAGAAGCAGGCAAAGGAGAACUUACUGCCAUUGGAGUAGAUCCGUUCGGUAAGCAGUUCGAGUGCGAAAUCACUGAAGAACCUAACCUAACCUACGCUAUUGCCUUCAAACCGGAGGUACCUGGUGUACACAACGUAGACGUUAAGUACAACGGGCUGAGCAUCAACGGCAGUCCUGCCCUCAUUGACAUAAAGUCCCUACCACAGGGAGAUGAGGGUGGUAUCUCGCUCGAGCUGAUCAGCUGCAGAGACACAACCUCCAGUGGCGCCGGAACGGAAACCCAAGUCCAACAGAAAGCGACCAUUACCCUGCCCAUCCCACAGAAGGACCACAGCGGACUUUCGGUGUCUUGUAAGGGACCUGAUGGAAGCGAUCUGCCUUGUGAGUUGGGUGCCAGUACUGACGCCGGUAUUAACGUUCUGUUUGAACCAAGUCAAGGUGGUAAACACACUUUGACGGUCAUGUUGAACGGUAAUAACUACCCAGGGACGCCUGUAGACGUAGAAGUACAAGGACUGUAGGAUCUAACUUAUUUUUAGGGGAUGGAUUUGAAUAAACGUCCUCUAGGUUCAUAUUAUCACAAAUUUGGGAAGUUUUUCUCGGGCGGAUCGGACUAGUUUGAUACACGACCCCAACUGGUUUUAUCUGACUCAGUUUUUCUAUUCUUAAUUAAAGCGUUUUAUUUUGUUUAAAAUUCAAUGUUUUAAAUUUAAAGUUAUAUAUUUGCAAAUGAAUGGUGAUUUGUACUAUACUUUCUUUUUUCUGUUUUCUAUGGAUAGCACUUAUGGUGAAAAUUUGGCUGAAUUUGUAUGUUGUCGCCACUAUUAACAUCACCGAAACCCCGUGGUAAUCAAAAUUUUCGGUUACCAUGGAAACCAUCUUCCGGUUGUCGUGGUUUCAAUAUAUGACUCUAUGCUGAUGUUUAUAUUUUGUACAAAAAAUGUUUUUGAGCUUAUGUUAAAUAACAGUAUGCUAUUGUAUAGAUACGAGAUAUACGAAUUACGAUGACACACUCUUUACGGAUUAUAUUGAUAACCUACAAAUUUUCCAAUGUAAAACUAUGCGUACAACUAUUAAGUUUAGAUUUUACUAAACAAA